UGCGGACGCCACGAGAUAAAAAUAAAUAGUUAAACCGAUUUGUGACAAACAUUCAUGAAAAAUAUUAAUUGAAAUAAUGAAAACAUUUCAAUUAUGUCUAAUUCAUAUUUCAAUUAAUAAUUUUAUUAAUAUUCACGGGCUUGAAUUUUUGUCACAAAUCAGUUUUACUAUGUAUUUUUUAUUGUUAUUAAGUUAUAUUCCCUUUUUAUGUGUAAUGUGUAAUUCUUGGCGUCCUGUGUUUUAUUACUGUUGUUUUGUCGCCACCCAGUGGACGCUUAGCUAAAUACCAGCAUUUCCUAAAAGAAGUGUCACAUUUUUGAAGGUACUGGUUCUUAACUUAUUUACUUUGACUUUAUUGCAGUUCUAAUUUUUAGGUAAUUGCUAAUUAAACCCCACGGGGACUCAAUUAGGCGCCUCUGAGGCCUCAGAUUAGUUCCUUUGGGGUUUGAAGGACUUACCAAGUACUGACUAUGAAGGGUAUACACAUUACAGUAGCUUGUGCUGACAUUUUUUUCAGCUCAAGUCCUUCAUCGCUCCUCUGCCAUGUUUUCCAUGUUACGUGUGUCAUAGAAGGUAAGACUUUCUUUAAGCUUAAGACUGAGUCUUAACGUUUAGUCUAUCAAGGCUAUGUAAAGUUGCCUUGUCUUUAUCAGCUACACAACAUGGAGCCAAAUCAGAUAGUGUUAUGGGAGGGAGGUUUUGUACUUGGGGUCACACUGUCCUGCUAAAGAGACAGUCUGUGACUUGGCUUUUUGUGUAAAUGUCAGUACAAACAUUUAUUUUAAUUAGUUUCAAAUAAGCAACAAUUACAGAUACAAGAGUUAACAAAAACAUUUAAAAUAAACCAGGGGCCAUGAAUACCUCAUUAUAUGAGAUGAUAUCCUUAAGAUAAAUUAACUAUAAUAUUCAGCCAUUACAUUCACAGUAGUUGAACCCCAUUUAUUGUAAGACACAACUAUGAGAUUUACAAAAAACGUAUAUAUGAUGUACUUCAAAUCACACAUCAGUAUAUCUGGAACAUAUCUGGUCAUUUGUUUGCGCACCUUUAUUACUUUAAGUUAGGUUUUGAUAUAGAGCCAUAUUAAAUGAAUGGAUAAUAAAUGAAUAUUAGACGUUUGCCCCCCUUAACUAAACCCCAUUAUCAGUUUUUAGCAACUGUUUCUUAUAUUAAUUUAGUUCCUCCACUCUGAAAGAAACAAUCGACUUUUAAAGUCGACGAACGUUUCACGGUGAAUGAUUCUGUCGAUAAAAAAUCCCAAAAUGUCACCGUGUUUCAUUUCGCUGUAAUUUGAACCGAAGGGAAGAACUUGAUCACAAGUUGAGCAUCAGCUGGCUGAGGUUCUACGCUGAAGGAUAAAACUCAUCAUCACAUGUCACAUCUGGGGAAGGCUCAGUGUCUGGACGCGCAGCCUUCAGUGGACGUCCCGGAUCCUGUGCGUUUGGGCGUUUUCCACACAGCGGCGGCAAUGUGGACGUCGCUGCCUCUGCUCUCGUUUCUCUCGCUUUUUUCCUUCUACGGAUGCAAGUGCGCGACGUGCUUCGUGUGCCCGAGGAUCUGCCGCUGUUUGUCCAGCACGAUCAGGUGUAACAAUGUGACAGAGGGGUCAGCUGUGAUGAUGGGCCACAGGGAUAGAAGACUGUUUCUCUAUCGCUUGCCAUUUUACUCCAUUUCCAGUCAUUCGUUUGAGGAAUUGAAAAGAGUGCAGAGGAUUGGGAUUGCCCAGAGUGUCACCCUGGAAACCAUUGACUCCUUAGCAUUUAACAACCUUCCUGAACUCUCUGAAAUCUCGAUCCAGAACACGAGGAGCCUGGUGCUCAUCGGCCGAGGAGCGUUCAACAACCUUCCAAAGCUCCGUUACCUGAGCAUAUCAAACACUGGGAUAAGAGUCUUCCCUGACAUCACCUCUAUCAACUCUCUUGAAUCUGAGUUUAUCUUAGACAUCUGUGACAACCUGUAUCUACGGGAGAUACCUCCAAACGCUUUCAUUGGAAUGACAAAAGAAUACGUCACAAUGAACCUUUACAACAAUGGGAUCAGAGAAAUACAUGGCCAUGCCUUCAAUGGGACAAAGAUAGAUAAGCUCGUGUUAAAGAAUAAUCGAGACCUCAGGGUGAUUCACAGAGACACCUUCAAAGGAGCUACGGGCCCCGGGGUCUUGGACGUCUCUGCCACCGCUCUGACGAAGUUACCAUCCCAGGGCCUGGAGUCCGUCCUGGUGCUGGUGGCUCAGUCUGCCUACGCCCUGAAAAGCCUGCCUCCCCUUCAGGGGCUGUGGAGCCUGCGCGAGGCCCGUCUCACCUACAACAGUCACUGCUGUGCCCUUCUGAGCUGGGACGCCCACAGGGACUUCUCAGCAGGUCCGGCGUGGAAUAACGUCUCCGCUUACUGUGAUGACAGUGAUCCAUCAACAGAUGGCCAGCGUGUCGCUGGCUCCUCAGGUGAUACGCCUCACGUUGUGGACCCGCCCUUCUUCACGGACGCCGACCCCUUCGAAGACGUGAAUUUCCACUAUCCAGAACUGGACCUCUGUCGACAUCAGCCAGCCCUGGUCUGCACCCCUGAAGCCGACGCCUUCAACCCCUGCGAGGACAUGGCGGGCUUCGGGUUCCUCAGGGUGGCCAUCUGGUUCAUCAACGUGCUGGCCAUCGCGGGAAACCUGACCGUGCUCCUGGUGCUCUUCACCAGCCGCAACAAGCUGAGCGUUCCCCGCUUCCUCAUGUGCCACCUGGCCUUCGCCGACCUCUGCAUCGGCAUCUACCUGCUGAUGAUCGCCACCGUGGACCUGCGCACCCGCGGCUCCUACAGCCAGCACGCCAUCGAGUGGCAGACGGGGCCGGGCUGCGGCGCCGCCGGCUUCCUGUCCGUGUUCGGCGGCGAGCUGUCGGUCUACACGCUUUGCACCGUCACCCUGGAGCGCUGGCACACCAUCACCAACGCGCUGCAGCUGGAGCGCCGCAUGGGGCUCCCGCGGGCCGUGGGCAUCAUGACGGCGGGUUGGCUCCUCUGUCUGGGAAUGGGUGCGAUGCCGCUGGUUGGCGUCAGCAGCUACACCAAAGUCAGCAUGUGCCUGCCCAUGGACAUCGACUCGCCUCCGGCUCAGGCCUUCAUCAUCAUCAUCCUGCUUUUCAACGUGGGCGCCUUCACUGUUGUGUGUGUGUGCUACGUGCUGAUCUAUCUGGCUGUAAGGAACCCAGAGUUUCCGGGAAGAAGCGCCGACACUAAGAUCGCCAAACGCAUGGCCGUGCUCAUCUUCACAGACUUCCUUUGCAUGGCGCCCAUCUCCUUUUUUGCCAUCUCCGCUGCCUUCGGGUUCCCCCUCAUCACAGUCACUAACUCCAAGAUUCUGCUGGUGCUCUUCUUCCCCAUCAACUCUUGUGCCAAUCCUUUCCUGUACGCGAUCUUCACCAAGGCGUUCAGAAAGGACGCACGCCAGCUCAUGAGUGCCGCGGGCUGCUGUAAAAAGGCCGGUGUGUAUCGCACGAAGGCCUACGGCUCAGAGAACGCGAUGAGGAGCCACUUGGCAUCCGGCAACAAAGAAUGCCCCGCAGAGGUGAGGCUGGCUGCUGUGGCGACAGAGAGCUCACCUGAGAUCACAAACACAGGAACAAUCUGACUGUCUACAAUGAUUAGUCAUGGUAUGCACUGAAAAUUAAUUUUUGUUCACAUUUUCAAUUAUUCAAUUUUUGAUCAAGCCAACGGCCGUUCAAGUUUAUCUGGCAACAAAAUACAUUUCAAAAUAAAAAAUAUAUAUUUGAAAGUCUUCUACUUUAGCCAAAACGUGGUGGAUAAUCACAUAACUCGUAAACAAGUUGGAAAGAAAAUACAAAAGUACAAAAAAAUAUAUUUUCAAUUAGACGUAUUAGUUUGUCAGCUCAAGAACACUUUAUUGAAUCAUUUUCCAUAUCUAUUUUCUCCAUGAGUACAUCAGUAAGACUUUACUAUAAUGAUAACUUUUUAUGGGCUUUCAGUCCUGUUCAACAAGGCGACAGUUUCUGUCUUUCCAGUCUUGAAACUGCUGCCUUUGUUUUACUAAGAUAAAGAGAUGAGACACUGAAGGAGUAGGUUUCAACAGAUACAUCUCAAUACUAGGUUCCUGUGGAUGUUGCAAAUAGCAUCUAACAAACAAAUGGGCUUAGGUUUCUUGUGGCAGGAAAGACAAUGACAUGAAACCCUGCUGUGGGUCCAUGAUUAAUUUUUGAUUAUUAUUUCAGCAUCCAGGUCAUUGUCAUGAAGUCAAGAUGAAUAUAAAUGAGAUAAAAUGAAUGAGAUAAAUAUUUGGGGCUGAAAGAGGUUGUGUGUGCCGAACUAUGUUCUGUGUAUUGUACACGUAUUAAAAUAAAACUUAUUUUUAUUGCUACUAUUUCUAAAUUACGGCA